CCUUCCCCUCUACCCCCCCCCCCCCUCCCUUCUUCCUUCCUGCGCUUUGCUCUGGGAAACGCUGGAUUUUAAACCUCUCCCCGCCAGGCAGUGAGUGGGGAAGGAGAGGAGAGAAACGCAGCCCGCGGUGAAACAUGGCCCAGGCGAAAAUGCACCACCCCGUCUCUUGGGUGAUCUUCGCCGGGAUGGCCGCUCUCCUCCUCUCCCAAGGAGUGCCCGUGCGCAGCGGAGAUGCCACCUUCCCCAAAGCUAUGGACAACGUGACUGUGCGGCAAGGGGAGAGUGCCACGCUCAGGUGCUCCGUGGACAACCGAGUCACCCGAGUGGCCUGGCUGAACCGCAGCAGCAUCCUCUAUGCCGGCAAUGACAAGUGGUGUUUGGACCCUCGGGUGGUGCUCCUGGCCAACACCAAAACCCAGUACAGCAUCCAGAUCCAAGAUGUGGACGUGUACGAUGAGGGCCCCUACACCUGCUCCGUGCAGACAGACAAUCACCCCAAGACAUCGCGUGUCCAUCUCAUCGUGCAAGUGUCUCCGAAAAUCACCGAGAUCUCUUCUGACAUCUCCAUCAACGAGGGCGGCAACGUCAGCCUCACCUGCAUAGCCACGGGCAGGCCAGAUCCAACGAUCACCUGGAGACACAUCUCGCCCAAAGCCGUGGGCUUCAUCAGCGAGGACGAGUACCUGGAGAUCACGGGCAUCACGCGGGAGCAGUCCGGGGAGUACGAGUGCAGCGCCUCCAACGACGUGGCAGCGCCUGUCGUCCAGCGAGUCAAAGUCACCGUCAACUACCCGCCGUACAUCUCGGAUGCGAAGAGCACCGGGGUGCCGGUGGGGCAGAAGGGCAUCCUGCUCUGCGAAGCUUCGGCCGUCCCCUCCGCCGACUUCCAGUGGUACAAAGACGACAAGCGGCUGGCUGAAGGACAGAAAGGGCUGAAAGUGGAGAACAAAGCCUUCUUCUCCAGACUGACUUUCUUCAACGUCUCCGAGCAGGACUACGGCAACUACACCUGCGUAGCCUCCAACCAGCUAGGAAACACCAACGCCAGCAUGAUCCUCUACGAAGAGACAACUACCGCUCUGACACCCUGGAAAGGCCCCGGAGCAGUGCACGACGGCAACAACGGAGCGUGGCGGCGAGGCGGCUCUGCGUGGCUGCUGGCCCUCCCACUCGCCCAGCUCGCCCGCCAGUUUUGACCCGCGAGCCGGCCCGCGGAGUAGCGGCGGCGACGACCACGGCCAGCGAGCACGAGCAGAAAGGAGAGGAAGAUAAAAGAAGAAGUGUUCACUGUUUCCGAAAAUAAUCAUAAGAAUUGAGAGAGUAUCCGGCCAGGCCACCUGGGGGAGGGGGAGAGAGGAAAAACACGCAAAAAAAAAAAAAAAAAAAAAAAAAAAAUCCCGCAAUGGGAAUUUGGAAAGGAGAGAAAAGGGAAAAAAAAAAAAAAAAUAAUCCAAGGCUUCCUGCUGAAGAUGCAACGCGACUGAGUCUUUUUCUUUUCGCCCUGUUUCUUUGGUCUCCCGCCCCUUUUUUUCCCCCCGUUUCCGCCGUUCUGUGCCGUGGGCCAGCGUGGAGGACGGGCAGGGCUGUGGGGGCACGGCGCUUCCCCCCCUCCCCGGUCCCCUCGGCCGCCCCCACCCGCCCGCUCCCUCCUGAGGGGACCCCCCUGUCCGGACGUGCUGGUUUUCUUCUUUGCUGAGAUUUCCCCGUCUUCUCAUGGACCGUGCCGCCAUUUGUGUUUCAGAAUAUAUAUAUAUAUAUCCACGUAUACAUAUAUAUAUAUAUAUAUAUGUAUAGAUAUAUAGAUCUUCAACAGUUACCACGCUGCCACGAAUGGAAAGGGAGGAAGGAGACCGGCGUCGAGCCAUGCAUUCAUCGUACCACCCGCGGACAUCGUGAAUGAAAAGGGAUUCUGAGUCAUGGUUAAUUUUAUUAAUUGUAUUUUCUGAUACGAGCCUAGAACUCUUAGUUCCUAAAAAACAGAAAUGCAAAAAAAAAAAAAAAGAGGGGAGGAAAAAAAAAAAAAAAAAAAAAAAAAAAGGA